UGAUCGCAAAGUUUUGAACUUUUCACCUGGACAUGUACACGUUCUACAGAGACUUUCAUUCCUAUACAAACUUCGAUCUUGUCUUCCAAGAGCCGGUUGCAGUGGAUAUAGAGGUACUGAGAAGAGCUUGAGCUCGAAGCAAGAGGGGUCACAUCACCACAAUUCAGGCCAGAUAGCCUCCUACCGUCCGAGAUCGAGCCAAAGCCACAGCCUGUCCGCGAACUAGCCCACGGCCAGGCCCAUGAUCUCUCCUCUCCGCUAUCGAGAUAUGCGUAUGCCGAAGCUGACGUGAGCAACUCCUGCCACCAAAGCCGGCCCCGAGAUCUAUGGCUUGGUCAUUAUCGGAUAAGGACACCCACAACCUCCUUCCGGGAACAGAAUUAUCCCAUCUCCCGGACAAGACGGGCAUCGCGCGACUAGCGCAACUGGAUCAUUGGCGCGCAAGUCGGCUGAGAUGCUCUGCGUGUGGCCGGCUUGGCAGAAGUGCCCCAGGACUUGGGAACCUGUCUGUUCCAUUUUGGUGCUGUAUCCUGUUGUAUCCCGCGCAGCCUUGUGGCACGAACCACCCUUCCAUUCCGAUCAUAUUCUUCCCAAACCGCUGCGCCAGAUGCUGAUUGACUCCAGACAUACUGUCGUCCAGCUGACAAGCUUCGUGAUUGACCCAGGUCUCGCAAGUUUUUUUUUCCACGGACAGCGAGUCGCAUUUCUUGCGCUCUCGGCUGUCGGUGUGCGGAAUCUCGAUGUUUCGGCCGUUGAUUUUGAAGCCCAAUCUCGUUCUUGGCCGUCGAGACCUUAAUAGUGCUGAGCUGCUUGCCUGGAGCUCUUGAUCAGCCCGAGAGGCAACGUGCUACCGAGACCGAAAUGGCCUCGACCCCGUGACGUAACUCAGUCCGCCACUUUCGCAGAGGCUUUCAUAUCGGGAAGAUUGCAAUCAUUCCUCCCUCCGCAGUCUGAGUUCUAUUGCUUCUGGUUGUUCUCUUGUCAAGAUGCCGAAGAUACACUUGGCUUCAAAAUCAGCACAUAUUUUGUGUGAAAGUUGCCUCGGGAAGGCGAAACGCAUCCACCAAGACGCGACUGUGAAGAUCACCGUGGUCUGACCUGUGUCACUCUCGUCGACCUGUCCGUCGGCAAGCGGUACCGGGCCGUGGAACAGAUUCGGUCUUGUCGGAGAUGCUGCAGCGCGAGCCGACGUGAGCUCGCAAAUGAGCGUCAUUUCCAGCUUUCCUUGUCUGCAGCACUUAUCUCUCGUCGUCUCGAUGGCUAGGAAGGGCAUCGUUGUAGCCGAAAGAAGCCCCUAUCUACUACCUGGACUGUCUCAGACUGCACGCUCCUCUCUUCACACCAGCCACUCCCACAAACUAGCCCACUGUCUAAAUCUGUCCACGCUGAUUAGAUCUGCCCUGGCGAUGGACAUCCAAGUCAUUCUCAAUCCUGGAGCAGCGGGAUCACCGUUGAAAUACCAACACGAAACCCUUUCGCGCCGGGGGACGCCUUUACAAAAACAGUCAUCUCGUCGAAGCGUCCGAUCGUCUUCUCCGAGGCUAUCUUACCGGACCAAGAGCAAGCCAACAGCAGAACCACACGACGUGGCUCCAUCUUCUCCUGCGCCAAUCGCAAAACGUUCCUCGAGCCUCCGCGAGAGUGAUUUAUCCGCAGCUACCCGCUUCGAGCAGUUGUCAACCAGGAAGCGCCCGUCGUCUGUGUUGGCCAUGCUCUCCGCCACUACGACAAAGCGCGCUCGCCGUGACAGCUCGUCGCACAGCCAUUCGUCAAGCAACGCCACGGCAACCUCUUGUCAGACAACGGCAAGUAUGCUUCUUUCGCGUGCUCGACAGCAUGUGGCACGUGAGCGCGAGACGGUCCCCCUCGGCCAGCGAACGCUUUCAAUAAUGGAUGUCGUGAUGGAUCUCAAGGGCCCGACUGUCGCUGACAAUGAUGAAUUCCUGCAGGCCAUAAUCGACUCUGCUCGCCGGACACGCUGUCGCUGGAAUUACCGCUUCUUGACCCAGCAAGAUGUCGAUUCCUACUGGCAAGAUCAAGCUGCAAUCUGUAGUAGCGGAGAACCCGCCUCAGCCGUGCUCUCUCACUUUCCCGUUUCUUCGGAGCGCCUGACCGCGACUUGGGGCGAUUAAUCUGUGAUUUACUCGAGGGCAGGCACUAAUUCUGACAUUCACUGUCGUGAUCGAAUGCGGCAAUGCUAUCUUAUCGCUCCGGCAUAUCCCUGUUUCGCAAGAGAUCGACAGAUCCAAGUCUCCGUUCCGCCCGGGUCAGAUGAGCAUCCGCGAUCUUCUGCCACAACAACCACUGCCAAUUGCGGUAGUCGGUGUGUGCUUCAUUUCCAAUAUAAAUACUAGAACAUUGUGAGACGCGCCAUCAUCGAAAACAUUUUGAGCAAGCGACGGCGAGGGUAAAGUACAUGUCCGUUCCAAGAUGUGAAGAGAAUCAAUUAGAUACUGUAGAUAUGUAAGAAUCCCUCAAGUUUGGUGGAAGCGCUUCGAGCUUCUGGUCUCUGGAUAGCCCACCGAAGGCUCCUCACUGUCGACGUCCAUUUCAUUCCUGCUCCGCUUUCGCGAAUCUACCGCAGGCGGCGGUGUGUUCCCUGCUCCGAAAUCGACCUCCUCUCCGCCGACAGGCCGCAAUCUGAAUGAAGUCCGGGGUGCGCCACUUGCAGGUCCUCGCUCAGCUUCUGGAUAGAACUGCGUGCGGGAAUCUGGCCGAGAGGGAACUCCCUCGGCUGCGCCCGAGCCAGAUCCUGAGCGAGAGCCGGGGCUAUCCGAGCGCGAAUAGGCAGGUCGGUCACCAAAGUAACCUGCUUCCUCGCGACGACGGUUUUGAUGGGUAUCGGGAUACUCAGCCCGGGAUCGGUUUGCGGAGUUUGGAGAUCGCGCAUCCAUUGGUGCGUCGCGUCGCUCACGGUCCCAAUCUCUCUCAGGCAUCGGCUCUUCGCGAUUAAUAUACGUUCCGGGCCCCAUGCGUUGAUGAGGAUGAAUGCGCCCGGCAGGUGGAGACAGUGGGGGAAGCGAGUUUUGAUGACGAUGGACCGGCUCAUGCAUCUCGUGUCGCGACCGGCCGCGAUCGGAUAGCGGAGGACUGUGAAGCGGAGGUGGGUCGCCAUAUGGAGAAGGGUGAUAGACUUGCUGCUGAGAACUGAGGGAGUGCCCUCGUCCACGAGAAGGUGAUCGUGUGCGUUCGUGGGCAUGCAGUGCCGGGCUGGAAUGGGCGACGGGUGGAGGCGCGUGAUUUCGAUGUGGCUCAUGUGGAGCGGGUGCAAACUGCUGAGGCAUGAAUUGUAGUUGUGGCUGUCCUGGUAUUCCUCCUGAACCGCGUCGGGGAUGACUACCGGGACCUCGCGGCGAUUCUACGGGCCCAGACCGAGGGUGUGAGCCCCGAUUGUACUCCUCUAGAUCUCGCGCAGACAUAUGAUUAGGAGCCAUAGCAUGAUGUUGCGGUCCUUGCAUUCCGGGACUUGGGUGGACGGACGAGUGGGUGUGUCUUUCUUGUGGCUCUGGCGACGUCGG